AUGGCAUCUGAGCGUAAACAUGUACAAAUACAUCGAAAUUCAGGUAAAGGUCGUGGUUUACCAAGGAAAGAUGACGAUGGUGAUGGUUAUACAUGGGGUGUAUUUGGUUCAGAAUUAUUUGAAGAAUAUAAUGAGGAAUUAGAUGAUGAAGAUUUAGCUAAUUUACGAUAUAAAGAAGCUAAAGCUAAACUUCUUGCUAAAUCAUCAAAAUCAUCAUUAGAAACAAAAUUUAGUAAAUUAGAAUUAAUUGAAAGUAUGGAUAAAAAUGUUAAACCAUUAAUUGAUGAAUAUUUUGUUAAUAGUGAUGGAAAUGAUGUUGCACAAUCAUUAAGAAAAUUUGAUAUUAAACAACAUGGUGAUGAAUUAAUUGUUUAUAUUGUUACAAGAACAUUAGAAAAAUCUAAUGUUCAUAAAGAAUUAAUAUCAUGUUUAUUACAUGAUCUUAAUGGUAUUAUAUUACGUCCAAAUGAUUAUAUUAAUGGAUUUAAUUCAUUAUUAGAAUCAUUAUAUGAUUUAUCAUUUCAUACUCCAGAAUAUUCAACUGAUAUUGAUAAAAAAAAUUUGAUUUAUUGUAAACUUAUUGCUCGUUCUAUUCCCGAUAAAUGUAUUGACAAUACCAAUAGAAAAUAUUUUCUUCAAUAUAAAGGAAAUGUUAAAUGUUCAAAAAUGCAAGCAGCACUUGAUAAAGCUGAAACAUUUGUAUUAAUUGGAGAUUUUUAUUUUCCUAAUAAUGUUUGGAAUGCUCAAUCAAAUGGUUUUCGACCUGUACGAGAAUUAGCUGAUAGAAUGAAUAUAAUUAUUCAUGAAUAUUAUGAUAGUGGAGAUGUUGAUGAAAUAAUUCAUUAUUUAAAAGAAUAA